AUGAUGCAAGCUACAGCUGACAAUCAGAAUGAGCUUUACUACGCAGAGCAGGCGUCGAACUUGGAGAAUCGUCCGUGGUGGGAUGUUCCAAGCUAUCUCACGGGUCCGAUCAAAUUUGGAGCUUGGGAUGGCGUUUUUGUAUCCAUUAUGCUGAACAUCUUUGGCGCAUUGCUCUUUCUGCAAGGAGGAUUCAUCGUUGGCGUCGGCGGUGUGAGUUGUGCGCUUGUAAUCGUCUUCCUUCUCAUUUGGAUCGGAAUGGCGGCUGGAGCGGCUGCAAUUGGGAUUUGUGAGCGCACCGACGUGGCAAACGGUGGUCUCUACAAACUAUUGAGCCGUGUGCUUGGAGCUAAACAGGGAGCAGCUGUUGGAAUCGUCUUUGCCUUUGGUCUUACUGUUACGGCUUCCUUGUACGCCUCUGCUUUCGCCACCGCUGUCCUCGGUGUUUUCGAGAAGGACAAGAAUCAAUGGGCAGUUACUGGCUUGGCAAUUGGCGCUUUGAUUAUUCUUCUUUUGAUCAAUCUCGCUGGCGUGAAGUGGGUCAUUCGCUCUCAGAUUCUCUUCUUCAUCAUCAUCAUUGCCGCAACAAUCGACUUUCUCGUCGGCCCUGCCGUCAAAAACGACGUACAACAACAAGAACAGGGCUUUUGGGGCUUCCAAAAUAGCACUAUCAUCUCGGAUAAUAUGAAACCAGAGUGGAAAAUCAUGAUCAAGGGAACAAAUGAAACUGCUCUCAAAAUUCCAGGCUACGUCAAUAUCCACGAGUUCUUUGGACUACUGGGCAUCUUUUUCCCGUCUAUCUGCGGUGUUUUCGCUGGCGUAAACAUGGCUGGAGAUUUGAAGUCUCCUUCCAAAGAUAUUCCAAAGGGGACAAUCGCCUCUAUUCUUGUUACUGGUAUCCUUUACAUUAUCUUUAUUAUUUACUUUGGAGCGACUUGCACUAGAGAAGCGCUCGUCUCGAAUCAAAUGAUAGGUGGUCUCAUUUCUGCUUCGAAGCUUCUGUUUAAUAUUGGUAUUUAUAUUUCUUCCAUUUCUGGCGUCGCCACUUGCACAUAUGGAGCACCAAGGCUGAUCCGUUCCAUCGCCGAAGAUGGCUCGAUCAAGGGACUCGAGUACUUCGAAGUAACUUGGGGCGCUUCUAAAGUGCCAGUGCGCGCGAUUCUGCUCGUCGGCCUAAUCGCCAUUAUCUUCCUGCUCGCUGGCGAUAUCAACACUAUUGCGCCUAUCAUCGCUAAUGCAUUCCUUCUCGUCUACGGCGUAACCUGCUACGCUAACUUCUGUUUAUCAAAAGCUUAUCAUGAGCGGAAACGAAGAGAGAAACUCCAAGCACCCGCUCCUUCUGGAUCAAACAACCUGCCAUCAGAAGGGAUGUAUGGCCAGGAUCUUCGAGAUACGACGCGUGAUUUUCAAAUUAUGUCCCAGAAUCGAAGAGGAACUACAUUAAAUGAUCAUAUAGAAGAUAGCUUCGCGAUCGGGUCAUCCUUACCGCCAGCGGUCGAGAAUCCUUCUUUCAACGCAGACAUUUUCGUGCGUCAAGCGGACGACAUUGACGAAUCACCCGAUGCAGCGAUAGUCGACAAUGAUGUACUCGAGCAUUCUCCCGUGGAGAGAGAGGAAAUACGUUCACAACCUCAAUCUUGGUACAAAUUUCUGUGUACUCCAACACAUUCAUUAGUUGCUGCCAUUUUCAAUACGAUUCUUAUGUUUUUGGUUCAUUGGGUGUAUGCAUUGAUCAAUUUUGCGAUCCUCGGCAUUCUGGUUUACUACAUUCACGUCACAGCUCCUGGACUUUCACCGGGCCUUGCUGGCGGAUUCUCCUUCCUUGACUGGCUCAAGAGUAAAUGGAGAGGCAUAUUCUCCCCUAGCAAAAACCAAGAGCAAUUUUUGGUCAUCGCGCCUCCAUCGAUGAGUGCCACCGGAAAUGUGCAAACAGUCAACAACUACGGGCGAGACUACGACGAUAGACCUAACUUCCAUCAAGUCACUGACAUCUCUACCGAAGCAGCCGUCCACGAAAAUACGCAAGUGGUCUAUGCAUAA